AUGCAAGGGUUCUCCUCCUCAGUCCUUCCAAUCGCAAAGAGGUUACAGGACAAGGUUGCAUUGAUAACUGGAGGAGCUAGAGGCAUAGGCAAAGCCACCGCAAGGCUUUUCCUUCGCCACGGUGCCAAGGUCAUCAUCGCCGACGUCCAAGACGAUCUCGGACGCUCCCUUUGCGACGCCGUCCAAAACCCCAAUAUUUCCUAUGUUCACUGCGAUGUCAGUAACGAUUCCAACGUUCAAACCGCCAUUAAUGCUGCGGUCUCGAAGCAUGGAAAACUUGACAUCUUGUUCAGUAAUGCCGGCACUCAUGGCAAUUUGAACCCUUCAAUCCUGUCCCUUCAUCAUGAAGCCUUGAAGAGGGUUUUCGAGGUCAACGUCUACGGUGCUUUCUCUGCGGCCAAACACGCCGCUAAGGUAAUGAUUCCCGAAAAGAAAUGGAGCAUCAUCUUCACCGCUAGCGUAGCUUCGGUGAGUCAUGCCGUUAAUAUACAACAUGAUUACACUUCAACUAAGCAUGCAAUAGUGGGUUUGAUGAAAAACUUGUGCGUAGAACUUGGGAAACAUGGAAUCAGAGUUAAUUGUGUUUCACCGUAUGCGGUGGUGACCCCUAUUCUAAUGGCUGGAACCGGAUUGGACAAGGAGAGUGCAGACAAAGUGUAUGCAGAGGCGGCGAACUUGAAGGGAGUGGUUCUGAAGGAGGAGGAUGUGGCGGAAGCAGCUUUGUUUUUAGCCAGCGAUGAGUCCAAGUACGUGAGUGGAUUGAAUCUAGUUGUGGAUGGAGGUUUCAGUGUCACCAAUGUUUCUGUCAAAGAAGCUCUGACAAAGAUUUCUGCUAAGACCAAAUUGUAA